AUGGACUUCUCAGUGAUUGCUAUUGGAGAUGUACAAAAUGUGCUUUCAGCUAUGCAGAAGAACUUGGAGUGCCCAAUAUGCUUGGAUGUGGUAAAAGAGCCAGUUUCAACAAAAUGUGAUCACAUAUUCUGCAGGUUCUGCAUGUUCAAACUCCUCAGCAAAAAGAAAACAGGUGUGGUACAGUGUCCUCUGUGCAAGACAGAAGUUACCAAGAGAAGUCUGAAAGAAAAUUCCAGAUUUAAGCAACUAAUUGAAGGGUUGUUGGAAACUAUCCAUGCAUUUGAGCUUGACACUGGAGUAAAGUUUUUAAGCAGUCAUCACUUUCAUAAAACAUCCACAGAAGCCACUGCUGCUGAGUUCCCGUGUAAAGAAAGUUCUGUCAUCCAAAGUAAGGGCUUCAGAAACAGGAAAAAAAGUGCUAAAGAAAAUGGACAAGGAAACUGCACCUUGGAAGCUAAUGUGGAUACACAGCUUACAGAUACCAGGGUCAAAAGGUGUCCCCUAAGAAACAAAACCCAGAAACGUGACUCUGAAAAAGGGAUUUAUAUAGAGUUUGGCUCUGAUUCAUCUGAAGAGCUUUUUAAACAGGCAAGCAGUACUGGGUUAGAAGACAAAGAAGUGCUUCAGACUUCAUCUCAAGAAAAGCUAGAAGAACUUAAGAGUGCUGAGAAGGGGAAUGAAUAUUCUUGCAAUACACAGCCUGACAAGCUGGGUGCUAAAGAAAUAAUUCUACCAAAUGUUGUAGGUGAAAGUGAUUUCUCGAAGGAAGGCUUGAGCAAGAAAAGCACUCGGAGCAUCACUGAAUAUGCCAAACCUGGUCAAGCGCAUACGACUGAAUACCAGAGUUCUCCUUUAACUGUUCUUGCUGCAGACCUACUCACAGAGCAGUGUGACAGAAUAGGUAAUGCCAGUCCUUCAAGGAAUGGGGACACAUCUUUCUCUAAGAACACAGAAGAAAUGGAUGCAGAGCAAACUUGGUGCAAUAGUAAAAGCAAAGAGUUUGACUUAAAAGAUAGCUCAGAGAGCAGGCUGGAUAAAAGCAAGGAAAUAGAUAUUGUUGUACAAAGUGUGGAAGCUGUGGAAAUGUAUGAAACUGAGAACGAUUCUUUCAAUGAAAAAGAACUUCCUCUGGAGAAACCGCUUCAGCCAGAGGCACUUCACUCUGCUACCCUGACUCAAGUCUCUAGGAAGAGACUGAAGCGAAGCAUUCAGAAAGUCAAUGAAUGGUUUUCAAAAAGCAAUGAGAUUCUGUCUUCCAAUUCUUCCCAGGAUGAUUCUGCUGGAGCAACUGAUGUUUCAGGUGAAGGAGACACAUGUUUAUCAGAUAAAGAUUCCUGUAUUUCAGAAAAGACUGACCCUAUGAUAGAUUCCAUGGAAAUUGCAGUGGCUGAAGGAAACAAGACAUGGUCAAAACAAACAGAUAGCAUCAAAGACAAAAUAUUUGGGAAAACAUACAGGAGAGAGAGGAAGUCAAAUCCUGCUAUUAUCUUGAGAGAGAUUUUACCUACUACAAAAAAGGAAGGUGUGGCUACUGAUGAGAAGUGCUUGAAUAAUUCCAGUAAAGACGGACUAAAACGAAAAAGGAAGACUGCCCGUGUCCUGCAACCUGAGGAUUUCAUCAAGAAAAAAGAUACAAAAGAGGCAGGUGGGUGUCCUCAAAGUGUUAACUGGUGCCCUGGAGAUGCCAAAAAGAAAAGAUGUGAUGAAAGUUCUGCUGUUAAUGAGAGUCUCCUCUCCAAGAAUAGAGAGGACAAUACACUAGCAGAACAUGAGGAAGGAGGAGGAUCCAUAUGGAAAAAAGCUACUGAAAAGGUGACUGGCAAGCACUGUGAUGGGGAGCUAGAACUGAGUAACCGUGAUCAGAAAAGCACUAAAAGGAGUUCUGCAGCAAAAAGAUGCAGGCGUUCUACUAGAGCCAUGUGUGCUCUACAGUUGGUAGUGGAUAGAAACUCUGUUUCUCCCGAUCCAGCUGAGCCACAGAUUGAUAGCUAUCCAAGCAGUGAAGAACCAAGGAAAGUUGAUUCCGAGCACAGACAAGUCAGGCGCAGCAGGAGGCUUCAGUUAAUUUCUGAAGAAAUUACAAAAGAGACGGGAAAAGGAGUAGUAAUUAAGGGAGCAAGAAAGUAUGACAGUGAUCAGGAAGGGUGUUUCUUUGGAGACCAAAGGAAUGUGUUAGUUCACACGACUGAAUGCGAAGACCUGUGUGAGCCUCAGGGUAUGAGUUACAAGCCACUCGCUAAUCUGAAGGGUGGUGAUCUGGAAGCAAAUGAAAUACAGAUUAGUGUAAAGAAUUCAUCUGAUGCUGCAGAAACUGGAAAAAGUCUCUUCAAUCCUGCAUCUUCAUGUCAGCAUUCAAAUUGUAGUUCCUUUGCACCUGAUGCAGGUUCUCAAGAAGGGGAAAUACAAGGUAGCCCUUUCCUCCUACAGUCUCCUUCAAUGACUGUUGUGCAAACUGCUUCCCACCCAACUGAAGAGAUCACUGAAUCAUGUACUACUUUCCUCCAGGACAGUGGACAUGAUACACAGAAUGUUCCGGGGAACUUCAGAACUGAAAAGCUGCCCGUGGCUAAAAAUGUUUCGGAAUUGACCAAGGAAGCUGAAGACAGUGAGUUAGACACACAGUAUCUGCGAAAUAUAUUUAGGCAUUCAAAACGCCUAUCGUUUAGCCUUUAUCCUACUCCCACAAAGGCGUGCGCAGUAGAAGAUGCUGCUUCUGAACCUUUAAAGGUAUCAUGUGCUGAUCAGGUAGAAAAUAAGCAUAGCAAAUAUUUAAAAACAGAAAACUUGCAAGGAGAGAAAACAACUGCUGAAAGCUCGAGUAGGGUUUGUGAGAAAGAGAAGCUUAAGACCUCUGAAUCUGCUUGUGUUAGUCCUGUGACUUGCUUUGUCGGCAACGCUGAAUGUAUGCACACAGGGGAACAUCAAGAUGUUUCACAGGCUGCAAAUCAAGGGAAUCUGACACCAGUAAGAGCGGGUACUGCUAGGACUGAAGACAAAAAUGGACCACAAAAAGGAGAGCAGGGAAAUGAAAAGGCAGUGACAACCGACAUAGGGAUAGAAAGCGAGCUGAGACAGAAUCCAAUCAAAAAUAAGGGAAGCCAAAGCGAUCAGAGUAAUGCAGAAGAGCACAUUUUCAAAAGAGCUGAUUUAAACACAGUUGGUGAAAUAUGCUUCAGUGCAGACAGCAAUCAAGCAGGAAAGGCCCAAGUUGUUGACGGCAAAGGACCAGUACUACAUUUUCAGUCCAGAUCAACGAUUUGCCCUGUGACUUGUCAGCAAAGGCCUGCUGAAUUCAGCUGUGCAGUCACUGGGAAAAAAAGUAGCAAAAGAGAAAGAAAACAAGUAAAGGGGAAUGAAGAACAAGCAACCCAAACUGCUAGCACAGGGAUGCCCGAGUGUUUAGUUACAGAGGCUCCAGAAGAACCUCUUAAAGGGAAUACUGAUUUUGCAGGUUUGUCUGAAAGCCCUGAUGGCUUGCUGUGCUUGGAUGAUGAUAUUGAAGAGAACACCAGCUUUUCUGAAACUGAUAGGAAAGAGAGAUCUGCUGUGUUUGUAAAAGGAAGCGACAAUGCCCUGGCAAAAGUAGUACACAAUAGAAAUGUUAGUUCUCAGCCAGGAUCUCAAGGUAUUCAAAGAUCUCGAAGAAAAGCGCAGAAACUGCAGUCUUCAGAUGAAGAAUCUAGCGAGGAUGAAGAUUUACCAUGUUUUCAGGCAUUAAUAUUUGGCAAAUCAGUAAGCACCCCUUUCCAGAUCAAUAAGCAAGUGACAUCUGUGGUAGAGGCUUCACAAAGCCCCAUCACGUUGCCUCACAAUGGAGCUCAUGAUGACAAUAAUAGGCAGAAAAUGCGCGAGGCUGCCCUAAGUAACGAGUGUGUUUCACCAAGCCAGGACUCCGAAUGCUCUGUCAACUUAUUUUCUUCCCAGUCCAACGUGUCUGAAGAAUCACCUGAUGGAGCACAAGAGCUGAAGAAACCUUUAAUACAAGCUCAUCCAUCCAAACAAGUGAGCAAUGUGAAUGAGAGGAAAGAAACUUUUCAAAGUUGUAAUGAAGGGCUGAAGAGAAGCAAAACUAACUUCAAAGAUGAAUGCCAAGAAGACCCAAACAUGGGAGCAAACCUAGGUGAAGCAUCUGGGUAUGACAGUGAAACAAGUUAUGUAGAAGAUUCAUGUGGACCGUUCUCUCAGGGUGAAAUCCUUACCACACAGCAGAAGGAUGCUAUGCAAAAUAACCUAAAAAAACUUCAGCAAGAAAUGGCUGUACUUGAAGCAGUGCUAAAGCAGCAUGGAAGUCAGGACUGUGAAUUUUUCCCUAUCGAUAGGGAACUGCCACAUUCCGGUAGCGAAGGAACACUUGGAAUGGAACAAAUGAGACAAGAAAGAGAAAACAGAGAUGAGCAGAAGUCUGGGACCAGGCUAAACAGUGCAUCUGUCUUAUCAAAUCUCUCUGGAAAUGUGACCAGGAGUCCAAAUAGCUCUUCCUCCUCCGUAAGGCUGCUUAACCCUCGAACUGCAGAAGCAACAAAUAGUUCUGUUGUAGCUCAGAAUGCUAAUAAAAGCUGUGCUCAAGAAUGUACAUUGAAGACAAGUGUGUGUUUUCCUGUACCUGUUCUGCACAAUGCAGCUGGGAAAGAAAAUGCUACAAGUCCAGUUGUGACUAACAGAAAACAAAUGUCAAUUGUGGUAUCAGGUCUGAAUCGAAGUGAACAUUUGGUGGUCCAGAAGUUUGCAAGAAAAACUCAGAGCACUUUAUCUAAUCACAUUACUGAAGGAACAACCCAUGUCAUCAUGAAAACAGAUAAGGAGCUGGUGUGUGAACGGACCCUGAAGUACUUUCUGGGUAUUGCAGGAAGAAAAUGGGUAGUUAGUUAUCAGUGGAUAAUUCAGUCCUUUAAAGAAGGAAGGAUACUGGAUGAGGAGAACUUUGAAGUUAGAGGAGAUGUAAUCAAUGGGAGAAACCACCAAGGUCCUAAGAGGGCUAGACAGUCUCUGACUGAAAAGAUCUUUAAAGACUUUGAGAUCUGUUGCUAUGGACCAUUCACUGAUAUGACUACAGAACAUCUGGAAUGGAUGGUGGAGCUUUGUGGUGCCUCUGUAGUGAAGCAGCUUCAUCUGUUCACGCACAAAACAAAUUCUACUGCUGUCGUAGUUGUGCAGCCAGACGCAUGGGUGGAAAACAUGGAUUGUAGAGCAAUCCAGCAAAAGAACAACGUUGCCAUGGUGACUCGAGAGUGGGUAUUAGACAGUGUUGCUUGCUACCAGUGCCAGGAGUUCAGUGCUUACCUUCUCUCCUAA